GAUUGGAACGUCGGCGACGUGACGAGCAUGCGUGACAUGUUCUCCGAAAAGGAGGGCUUUAACGCCGACUUGAGUCGUUGGAACACGAAGUCGGUGACGACCAUGAGUGCCAUGUUCAACGGCGCGACGAGCUUCAACGGCGACAUGCCGAACUGGAACGUCGAGAAGGUGACGCACAUGACUCACAUGUUCCGAGACGCGACGAGCUUCAACGGCGACAUGCCGAACUGGAACGUCGAGGCGGUGACGAACAUGGCUCAAGUGUUCUCCGGCGCGACGAGCUUCAACGGCGACAUCUCGAACUGGAACCCGAAGGCGGUGACGGGCAUGUAUCGCACGUUCUACGGCGCGACGAGCUUCAACGGCGACAUCUCGAACUGGAACGUCGAGGCGGUGAAGGACAUGAGUCAAGUGUUCAACGGCGCGACGAGCUUCAACGGCGACAUCUCGAACUGGAACGUCGAGGCGGUGACGAGCAUGCGUGACAUGUUCUACGGCGCGACGAACUUCAACGGCGACAUCUCAAACUGGAACCCGAAGGCGGUGAAGGACAUGAAUCAAAUGUUCCGAGACGCGACGAGCUUCAACGGCGACAUCUCCGCGUGGAACAUCCAAGCCGUUACGGACAUGUCUAACAUGUUCAACAACGCGCGGGCUUUCGCGCGAGACAUCACGGGCUGGAACGCGGCGGCGAUCGCCGCCGCGCGCGACGCCACCAAAGUUUCCGGCAUGUUCAAGAACGCCACGGCGUGGCGCGCG